AUAACCUCUAGCUGAUGUCACGUUGAUGUCUGUAUGUUGUGUAGCUGGACGGCAGGUCCAUCUCAGAAGAGAGCCACUCCCCCUUCCUGAGCUGAGCUUGAAGGGGAAACCCAGGCUUAAUAAGUUUCAUUUCACUUAGAAAACGGUCAAUCGUCGGAUACAUACCCCCAUGCCUGCUUUACUCGGACAUCACCAACCUGAAAAGAUGUCAAACUCCAAAUCUUCUCGGAUCCCACUUUUCAUCGUGAUCGGCGUCUUGACCGUGUGGUCCAUCAUCUCUCUUGUUAUUAUUGUGGUAUGGGCCACUUCGUCCGAGAUGAAAGCAGCGAAUCAGUGUCAGAAGGAGAUGCAAACCCUCAGGGAGAAAUAUGAAGGGGAAAAAGUCGAGCGUACCAAAGACCGAAAAGCCUUCGAUGAGCUGCUGACACAGGGAUGGAAGAACCAGUCUGCUCUACAGAAGCAAAUAGACCAGUACAAGGAGCAAAUACAGUCUGAGAACAUCUCUUUGAGCGCCACCCUCCAAGAAAAUAUCAUUCUGAAAGGAAACAUCACGUUUUUGGCCAACAAAAUCGAAGAAUACAAGCUCAUCAAGGAAAACCUCACUGCUGAAAUCAGACUGCAGAAAGGCCAGAUUGAAGCCCUGGAGCACAAUUUGACUCUGAAGGCUAAGGAGCUGGCAUCUUGUGAGGCUCUAGGCCUUGCUUCCAAACAGCUCCAAACUGCAGCAGAGGAACAGAAGAGGGCUUGCGAGACCACCAAGCAAAAUUUAGAGGAGCAACUCACAAAGUGCAAAAUUGUGGAGCAACAUGUAAAUCAAGCUGAACACAGUGGCAGCGGAGCCCAAGGAAUCACCAUGAGUAGUGUUUCACUGGCCAUGAUCGUUUGCCUUACUCUGCUUUUGGUACCAUAGAGGAGAAAAAGGCUGGAUGAUGGAGUAUUUGGGUUUAUGAUUCGGUGCAACACUGUUCUGAGGAUACUGCUCAGCUGCACUUGUAACCCUGGAUUUGGAGCACAUUUAAAUCUUUACUUGGAUGUGCUAUUGCCAAAUUUAUGAUCACAUGUAGUCAAUGAAGGAGUUUGUGUUGCAAAAAGUUUUGGUGGCACGGUUGAGAGCAAUGGAGAAUUUUUUUUAUCUAAAAAACAUAUGCUGUACUUCACUGGUGGUAAAUUUUUAAUGUCUAGAUGUAUCUGAAUUGUAUUUAUUUUAGUUUGGAGUAGCAAGGCCAAUACGCCGAUGAUAUUUUAAUGUUAAGAGCCAUUUUU